GGGCUCCUGAGAGAACCCCUGAGCCUACACUGUGGCCAUAUUGAGUCCUUGGGAGAAUGAGCAUCACUGUGUUACCACUCGUGUUACCACUCUGAUACCCUCAAUGACUGACAGCAUUGUUUCCAAAUUUGAUGGCCAUUCUCCUUCAUGUGACCUGAAGAGAUAUAAACUUCUAGGUCUCUUAGCUGAGCUAGGGAUACAGGACAGCAAACAGAACAUGUCAACAAGGGCUGCCUCAGAAAUCUGAGCUAGAAGAGCCUCACUCAGAUCAGGACAGAUAGGAACAGGGGAGCAGCUGCGAUGGCUUCAGGAAUGCUGUUGAACAUAAAGGAGGAGGUGACCUGCCCCAUCUGCCUAGAGCUCCUGACAGAACCCCUGAGCCUGGACUGUGGGCACACCUUCUGCCAAGCCUGCAUCAUUGCAAGCCACAAGGAGUCCACAGUCAGCAAAGAAGGACAGAGUAGCUGUCCUGUGUGCCGAAGCAGUUACCAGCCUGGGAACCUGCGGCCUAACCGGCACGUGGCCAACAUCAUGGAUACGUUCAGGGAGGUCAAGUUGAACCCAGAGGAGGAACAAAAGACAGAUCUGUGUGUGCGCCAUGGAGAGAAACUCCUGCUCUUCUGUAAGGAGGAUGGGAAGUUCAUUUGCUGGCUUUGUGAGAGGUCUCAGGAACACCGAGGUCACCACACGUUCCUCAUGGAGGAGGUUGCCCAGGAGUACCAGGAGAAGCUCCAGGCAGCUCUGGACAGGCUGAGGACUGAACACCAAGAAGCUGAGAAGUUGAAAGCUAACAUCGGACAAGAGAGAAGUUCCUUGAAGAAUGAAAUACAAAAUGCAAUCCAUAGUGUCCAGGAUUAUUUUAAAGAACUGAGAGGUAUCCUGGACACUGAAGAGCAGAAGGAGCUGCAAAAGCUGAAGAAGGAGGAAGGAGAUAUUCUUUGUGUCCUGGAACAGUCUGAGAGUGAGCUGGUUCAGCAGAGCCAUUUAUUGAAAGAUCUCAUCUCAGAUGUGGAGCAUCGGUUGCAGGGGUCACCAAGAAAGAUGCUGCAGGAUGUAAAUGGCAUCAUGGAAAGGAGUAAGACCUUCACUCUCAGGAAGCCAAAAACCGUGUCUAAGAAAGAAAGGAGAGUGUUCCAACCUCCUGACCUGAGAGCAAUCCUACAAGUGCAUAAUGAGCUGACAGAUGUGCGCCGCUAUUGGGCUCACAUUACCCUGCACCCUCCCAAUGACAACCGAAAUGUUGCCGUUUCUGCGGAUCUGAAACAAGUGAGAUAUGAGUUCCAUUUUGAUACAAAUAAGAAUGAUUCUGCUGUUCUUGGCGUACCGGUUAUCACCUCAGGGAAGCAUUACUGGGAGGUGGAUGUGUCAGAGAAACAGGCCUGGAUCUUGGGGGUAUAUGGUGAAAAAAAUCCUGUUACCUCUAGUUAUCGACCUAAAAAUGGCUAUUGGGUUAUUGGGUUAGUGAAUCAGUUUAAAUAUAAAGCUUUUGUGGAAUCUUCUCCCUCUAGUCCCUUGCAAUUAACCCUCUGCCUGACUGUUCCUCCCCGUCGUGUUGGGGUUUUCCUCGACUACGAUGGUGGCACUGUUUCAUUUUAUAAUGUCACAAACCAUGGGUUUCUCAUCUAUAAAUUCUCUUCAUGUUCCUUUUCUCAGAAAAUUUAUCCAUAUUUGAGUCCUAUGAAGUGUACUGCCCCCAUGACACUGUGUUCUCCAAGCUCUUAAAUCUCAGACCCUCACCCACUUGUUUUUCAUGCGUCUGGCCUUGGGUGCAGCUAAUGCAUUGAGCUUGUCUGCACCAUUCUCACCAACUUUUUAUUGUUACCCCCCUCUUUUUUUCAUUUCAACAUCCUUAUUCAGCAUUAGGGCUUACAGUUUGCCUUAUGUCAAGCACAUUUUUUCCAAUGUCUUGUUUGUAUUAGUAAAGAAUCUUAAUUCACUAUUUUUUUAUCACCCCAAAGAAAGGGACUAGUGUCUCACAGAAAAGACUUGUAUGGAGGUGACAUCUAUACUAAAUUUUUACAAUUUCAUUUCCUGUGCAACUGAGAAGAAUAAGGAAAACUUUUCAACAACUUCUUUUGUAUAUUAUGCAAUGUCUUUUAUAGGAAUCACUCAUUAUAAAUAAGUCUUCAGGGGUGUGUCAGUCCAAUCACAUUCCAUAUUCAUCAAAGAGUGAAGGGGGUAAUAUCAUAAAUAAUAGAUAUUAAGUGGAAGGUUUGUGUUCAAAGUAUCUGAGUUCAAGUCCAUUCUCUCAACAUAGGUGCAGCGUAACUUUCAAAAGGUAGUAAAAUGCUGGCUUCGUUUACUAAAAAUUGUCCUGGUAUAAAAAACACACCAUUGAGAAUCGUUGGAACCAUUGAGAGUAGGAAAACAUCAUUAGGUAUAAAAUUGUGUCUCAACCUAAUAAAUAUUUUCUCUACUAAUUACUGAGAAAUAUAAGCUGUGUCAGUGUCUCAUAAAACACGUUGUGCCUUCAGAGGCACUAGAGUGGUUUUUACUGAAGUCUUAUUUGCAGAUGCCAGAUGCCUCUGUCUUGCUGUCAGGACUACUCGAGUUAUGCCUGUGAUAAAUGUGUGUGUAUGUGUGAGAGAGGGAGAAUUUUAGUUAAUUCUGGUUUGCUACAUAAUGGCCUUGAUCAAGUAAUCUACCUCAAAUCAAUUCUAUGGAAUUAUUCAGUUUCCCAUUUGUAAAACAUAACAAAAUUUACCUGAUGCAUAUUCAGUAACUUUUGUCAUUUUUACCACGAAAGGAAUGAUAAAUUAUCCUCUCCAUUUUUUG